CUUAGGUCGGAGUGUGGAACGAAGUGUUGCUCUCAACAGAAACACAAAGUUUACACCUGUAAAAAAAUGUCUGGAAGCAAAAUAAUAAACGUGAGCGUGCGCGACGUGAGAUUCCCGACUUCACUAGAACAACAUGGAUCGGAUGCAAUGCACACCGAUCCGGAUUACUCGGUGGCGUAUGUUGUUCUUGAGACGGACACGGAACUGAAGGGUUAUGGCUUGACUUUUACUGUGGGAAGAGGGACGGAAAUCGUCGUAUGUGCAGUUAAAGCCCUAUCCACGUUGGUGUUGGGAAAGACUUUGGAGGAGAUCACCGGUGACUUCAGAGGCUUCUACAGACUCCUGAGCAGUGAUGGUCAGAUGAGAUGGAUCGGACCAGAAAAAGGAGUUAUCCAGCUGGCGACGGCAGCCAUUCUGAACGCCGUCUGGGAUUUAUGGGCACGAGUGGAGGGAAAGCCCUUGUGGAAGCUGCUCGCUGACAUGGAUCCUGUGAAGCUGAUCAGCUGUAUUGAUUUCCGAUAUAUCACUGAUGCGUUGACGGAGCAGGAAGCUUUAGAAAUUUUGGAAAAAACCAAAACGGGAAAGAAAACUAGGGAGGAGCAGAUGUUAAGGGAAGGCUAUCCCGCUUACACCACUUCAUGUGCUUGGCUGGGCUACACUGACCAGCAGCUUACCCAGCUCUGCUCUGAAGCUCUUGCCCAAGGAUGGACUAAAUUUAAAGUGAAGGUUGGAGCCGAUUUGCAGGACGACAUCCGUAGAUGCAGCCUUAUCCGAAAGUUGAUUGGACCAGACAACACCCUGAUGAUUGAUGCCAACCAACGGUGGGAUGUUAACGAAGCGGUUAAUUGGGUAACCAAGCUUUCAGAGUUUCACCCCCUGUGGAUUGAGGAGCCCACGUGUCCAGAUGAUAUUCUAGGUCAUGCUUCCAUCUCGAAGGCACUUGCACCCUUCGGUAUUGGAGUGGCCUCUGGAGAGCAGUGCCAUAACCGAGUGAUGUUCAAGCAGUUUCUCCAGGCCUCGGCUCUACAGUUUGUUCAGAUUGACAGCUGUAGGGUGGGCAGUGUCAAUGAAAACCUGGCCAUCAUACUCAUGGCUGCUAAGUUUAAUGUUCCCGUGUGUCCUCACGCCGGGGGUGUGGGACUGUGCGAGCUCGUUCAACACCUCAUUCUGUUCGACUACAUUUCUGUGUCUGCUAGUUUAAGCAACAGGAUGUGUGAGUAUGUGGAUCAUCUGCAUGAACACUUCAGAAGCCCCACCGUCAUCAGAAAUGCCCACUACAUGCCACCAGUGGAUCCUGGAUUCUCUUGUGAAAUGCUGGAAGAAUCCGUGCGAAAGCAUCAGUUUCCCGAGGGAGAGGUUUGGAGAGAUAUUGAGAAGCAGUAAACAUCAACUCGAUAUCAUUCAUAAACAUGCUUGAAACCCGGCUAGAUUGACAAACUAUGAGAUGUAAGGGAUCAUUUUGGGGAUAAAUAUUCUAUUUGAAUGUUUUUAAAGGUUAUUUGCUUUUGCAUUCCUAAAUGUUGGAAAUCGAACGAGUGUCUGUCUACUAGUCUCGAAGUGAAGUGACUAACAAUGGGGUUCUUGGGAGAGCGACGAUAGGUUUUUGCAGUUAAACGUUGCUAUUUUUAUGCAUUUUCUUAAGAUAUAAAUAUGUUUUGUCGUGGGUUCGACUCACAGCCAGCCAAUAACAAACGUCAUGUGAAGAGAAUCGUGUCUGGGAAUGCUGCAGAUGACUAUAGAAAGUCAUAUAGUAUAUUUUUGGAUGAAAAUUUCAACACGUUUCUACCAAAUUUGGGUCAAAUGUAGACAAACCCAAGUGUUGGGUUAACCCUAAAACUGUAUUCUGUACAAAUGUGGGCAAAAUAGUUUUGAUUUAUUUUUUAAAAAAUACUUCCCUUGAUCUGAGCGCUACAAGACUUGGCUAUUUUUCCUAAGUCUGCCUCCUGAACACACUCAAUUUUUUUUUGACUCAAUUCUACAAUGUUAAGUCGUGGGUGGAAAAAACAAACUCCU